GUUGGCUGGUGGUCCUGCAGCUCCGGAUGCUGAGCCAUUUAUCAGUGCAGGACAAAAAGGGAUGCUGACACGGGUAAUGGACGAUGGGCGACGUCUGAUCCCACACGAACGCCGUCAUGAAUCCUGCCACAAGCGGCGCUGCCGACCCGCGUCAGUCAGACAAUAGUACCGUGAAGCAGCAGCAGCAGCAGCAGCAGCGGGCGCCCUCACCGGCCAGAUUUAAAGACGCCACACCGAAAACGCCCUCGAAAGGCGGCUCCGCUAAAGCCGGUUCAGGAAAACAGGGCGGUAAGAACAGCAGAAGCAGCUCUCCUGUAGCCGCGGGCGCCGGUAAGGACCGACAGCCGUCGAAAGGUGCGGCCGCUGUCCACCCCAGCGGUGCUGAAAGCCCGACAACGAGACGGGCCGACAAGACUAGGAAAAUCGAGGAGCGCCAUAGCUCGACCGAAGACGCCGACGAUCCUCCUUUAAUAAGCGAUCGUGUUGUCUCAGAUCAGCCCAGCUCUUCUAAAUCCUCCCAGAGCAAAGCGAAGAACCAGAAAGUAAAAGACGGGGGUGUGGGCGUCGGUAAACCAGCAUCUAAUAACAACACCUCGGUGGGAUGCGGACCAGGUUUCUGGAGAGAAGGUUGUUUACAGUCUGAGCUGAUCCAGUUUCACAUGAACAAGAGCUUGAAGAAAGAAGGAGGCAUGCACGCCAAAAAAGCGAGUUCCCCCGUCACCGGGAUGGACAUCUCCCCCGAAUCGCCCAGUAGGCCUACCGAAUCUCAAGUCGAACGUGAUCUACGGGAUGAAAUCGAAAUGCUCAGUGAUGAAAACGACAACCUGAAGCAUGAGAUAGAGGAGAUGAGGGCGGAGAUGGAUGAGAUGAGAGACACUUUCUAUGAGGAGGACGCAUGCCAGCUGCAGGACAUGCGGCGCGAACUGGUCAGAGCCAAUAAGAACUGCAGGAUCCUACAGUACCGCGUGCGCAAGGCGGAGAGGAAGCGUCUGAGAUACGCAGAGACUGGAGAGAUCGACAAUGAGCUACUGCGCAGUCUGGAACAAGACCUAAAGGUUGCAAAGGAUGUGUCAGUGAGACUGCACAAUGAACUAGAAAAUGUGGAGGAGAAAAGAACCAAGACUGAGGAAGAGAAUGAGAGACUCAGGCAGCAGCUGAUUGAGGUGGACACAACUAAGCAAGCUUUACAAAUCGAGCUGGAUAAAGCUAAGGAGGCAUCCUUAAAACGAAGAGGAAAAGAUACACAGAAAUCAGAAAAAAAGGCACCACAUACCCCAACAGAGGAAGAAAAUGAUGAUCUGAAAUGUCAGUUAGCCCUAAUUAAAGAAGAAGCUGUACUGAUGAGGAAGAAAAUGGCAAAGAUUGACAAAGAAAAGGACCGUCUGGAGCAGGAACUGCAAAAGUACCGCUCCUUUUACGGUGACGUUGACAGUCCACUUCCCAAGGGUGAGGCUGGUGGUCCCCCCACUACACGCGAGUCCGAGUUAAAGCUUCGUCUUAGGUUAGUGGAAGAAGAGGCCAACAUCCUGGGUCGCAAAAUCGUGGAGCUGGAAGUGGAGAACCGUGGGCUGAAGGCGGAGCUGGAUGACUUGCGAGGGGAAGAACUAGGAGGGGGCGCAGCUGACCCCACUUCGAGGGAGCAAAGUGAGGUGCUUUCUGAAAUGCGGCAGCAGCUGCAGCUGGUGGAGGACGAGGCCGAAUUGCUACGCCGCAAUCUGGCUGACAUGGAGGAGCAGAACAAGAGGGUGACAGUUGAGCUUAACAAACUUAAGUACAAGGCUGGCUCACAUGAAGGCUCCCGCCAUAGCAGCUCAGCUGUCGAUGGCGCUAAAGCUGAGGCCAUGCAGGAGGAGCUGAAAGCUGCCAGGCUACAGAUCAAUGAGCUGAGUGGGAAGGUGAUGCAGCUGCAGUAUGAGAACCGUAUACUGCUGUCCAACAUGCAGCGCUAUGACCUGGCUUCACAUCUGGGCAUACGACCCAGCCCUCGUGACAGUGAUGCCGAAAGCGAUGGUGGUCGCAGAGAGAGCGAUGAUGACUCAUUGCGUCUCCCACCACAUCGCAAACGUGAGGGUCCCAUCGGUGGAGAGAGCGACUCGGAGGAGGUGCGCAAUAUACGAUGCCUUACCCCAACUCGCUCUCUAUAUUCCCCCGAGGGGCGUUUUUUAUCCCAAAGCCUUAAAGACCGUCAGCAGAUGAUUGAUAUUCGUAUGGAGGCCGAGCGUCUGAGCAGGACCAUCGACAGACUAAUUGCUGACACGAGCACCAUCAUUGCAGAAGCUCGAGUCUAUGUGACAAAUGGCGAGCUGUUUGGCCGGAUGGAUGAUGAUGAUGACGGUAGCCGAAUACGUGAGCAUGAGCUUCUGUACCGCAUUAAUGCCCAGAUGAAAACCUUCAGGAAGGAUCUUCAAAGUUUUAUUGACCGUUUAGAUGUCCCGAAACCAGAGGAUCAGGAAAAUGAAGAACCCCUCUCUAUGUUUCAGCCAAUCAUUUUGCUUAUCCUCAUUCUUGUUUUAUUCUCCUCCCUAUCAUAUGCUACUAUAUUUAAACUGGUCUUUCUUUUUACUCUUUUCUUUGUUUUAUAAAUCCCCUACAUUUUU